AUGGUGCCAGGUGCAGUGCUGCAAGGCUUCCUCCAGAGGAGAGGAAUAGGUCUAUGCUUUGCCAGGUACUUUAUGAUUUGGAGGUUUGAAUCCAAGCCAGGCAGCAGAUAUAAAACACAGGAAAAAUUUGAGGACAAGGAUCUAACAGAAGCAUGGGACACAGGAGGGGGUGUUUGUUCACUUUACGCAGUUUCCAGAACUCAAUUUGUAAGAUAUCUGAGUGAUGACAAGAUUUUGAGAUUUAAAGAAGUAUUUCCAACUCUCAAUGACAAUCAUAAAUCACAGCAAAAGCUAAAGAAAAAGCACAGCCACAGCCUUUCUUCAGACCCAAACACAUUCAUGGAUAACGAGCAACCCAGAAAUAGAAGGCCCCAAAUUUCAGUCUGUAAAAGUCAUUGCAAGGACUAUCAUUUCCCACAAAGUUUUCAGAAUUCCCAGCCUCAAAUAAAUCCUCUUAAUCUUCUAAUUUCUGAGGAUUAUACCUCUAAAGUAUCAAUACCUCUCUGCCACCCUAUGUCCAUGAACCCUCAGCAUGCUGUACACCCCAAGACUCACAGAAAUAACACAUAUUCUUUAGACACUGAAGCUUCUAUAUGUUCCAAAUAUUUAAUGGAAAUCAGUAAUUCUCUUUUUCAUAAAUGUCUUGUAAAUUCUAAUGAUGAUUCAGACCCUGAUUCUUCUUUACCUCUCCAAUUUCCCUUAGGUUCUAAAUAUUCUCUGAACCUCAAAUCUAUUAGACACCACAAGACUUCUCGGAAUAGCCCUUUAUCUCAAUCCAUGGAUCCUAAGCAUCCUGUGGGCAUUGGUUGUCCUUUACGCCAGGAUGAUUCUAAAUAUUCCUUGGACUCGACUUCUUAUUUACAUUGUGAAAGUUCCUCAGCUGUCCAAGAUCUCAUAGACUCUACUGCUAUCCAUACCUUUCCCAUGAGUCCUCAAAAUACUAUGGGGUCCCAUAGUACACCUGACCCAGACAAUGUUCUCAAUACCAGCAAUGUUCCUGGCCUUGAAAAUGAGGGCAAGUGUAACCUUACUGCUAAACUUGAAAAUGAGGCCAAUCCUGACAAUGAUACUAAUCUGAUUAGUGCUAGAAAUCUCAAAGAAAAGGCCAGUGCCAGAGACAAGCCUCUUCUCAAAGAUGAUACAGACCAUGAAGAUGAGACAGACUCUGAAGAGGAAAAGGAUUCUGAAGAUGAAAUAGACUCUGAGAAUGAAAACAACAGAAAAGAUAAGAAAGAUCCCAAAGAUAAGUCUGACCCAGAUGACAGUGAUUCCAAAGAUAGCAAUGCUGAAAAUAAUGCAGACACAAACAAUGGAUCUGAUCCUGGUGGUGAUGCUGACCCUACAAGUGGAGCUGAUUCCAACAAUGAUGGUCACUCUAACAAUGGAGCUUACUCCAACAGUGAACUUGACUCUAACUUUGAUGAUGCCACUAACAGUGAUGCUAACUCCAUAUAUAGCACUGAUUCUGAUGUGGAAAAACACACCAUUAAUUCAGACAAUACCUCUGGCCUAAACAAUGGUGUUGAUCAGGACAGUACUGCUAAUUCCAGUAACGGCACAAAUACAAACUCUAUCUCUGGGCUGCAGAAUGGAACUGGCCUGAACUAUACUUCUUGUUCCAGUAAUAGUGCCGGUGCUAGAAAUGCCACUGGGUCAGGCAAUGACAUUUGCCCCCAUAAUGGUAACAGCCCCAGCAAUAGACCUGGCUCUAAAGUCAGUAGAUCUGGCCUCCAAAACAAUGCCCCUGACUUCCAAAAUAUCGUAUCACAUUCCAACAGUCUUGACUCCAGCAACAAUGACUCUAGUCAGAAAAUCAAUGGUCCUGGCCUGUACAACAAUAGCCCUGGUCCCAGUAACAAUAGCCCUGGCCUUAAAAUAGAUCCUGGCUCUAACUAUAAUAUCAGGCCUACUAAUGCUACAAGCCACAAUAAUUCUAUUAGUUCUAACGAGGAUGCUGACUCCAAGCAUGAUACAAAACCCACCAUUGCUACUGACCAUGACUAUGCAGUUGUCCCGAACUAUGACUCAGACCUUGACUAUGUCUCAGGAUUUACCCAUGCAGUAGGUUCUAGCCUUCUAGUCAACCCCAACUAUAUUGCCAAAAAUAGUUAUGCUGUCAGACACAGCUCUACAGCUACCACUGUCAAUUUCAUUGACACCAGCAAUACAAUUAGUCGUAGUGGUGCUAUUAGCUCUAGCUAUGCUGCUGACACCAGCUGUGCCUCAGGCAUUAACCAUGACCCUAGAUUAAUUCAUGCCUUUGAAUCCAACUUUGUCACCAACCCCAAUUAUGAUGCCACAGAUACUCAUAAUGUUCAUAAUUCUACCAGUACCAGCAAUAUUCAUAAUCUGUCUAAGCCUGAAUUGGAAAUUAGUACCAGUUCCUCCAUUCCUAAUAUGGUUUGUGCUAACUCCCCUACUUUUGCUGCUGGCACAAACUAUACUUCCACUCCCAAAAACUUGAUCACCUCUGAAUUUUCUGAUUCAUCUGUGCUUGGUAUAAAUUAUACAAUUUUUGAUAACCACAAAUUUGGUACCUGCCUCAAAGACUCUGCUGGCUCCAUGGAUUCUUCUAGCUUUAAUCAUGCCACUGAGUCCAAGGAUGUCCUUGAUGCCAAAGAAGUUGACUUUUUAAAAGAUAUCUCCAGGAUCCAGAAUCCCAUUAGUAUCAAGUAUCCUGCCGAUUUAAACUUUCACUCUAAUUCAAAUAUUCCACUCCCGAGUUUUGACAUUACAAUAGAAGCUGAACCACCAGAUGUUGUGAAGUUUGGUGUAUCAUCAGGGGCUGUGAAUCUAUUUUUAAGUGGGAGACAUGCUUUCUGGGAAUUUUCAGUCUAAAAUAACAACAAACCAUCUCCUAUCCAAAUAUACUGCAACUUGCUCAAGGUCUGUUAAUUGUUAAACUUCUUUACUGAG